AUGUUCUUGGGAUCCUGGCCUUUCUCUCACCUUAUGCUCUGGUUUACGGCUCCCAGAAGACAGUGAGGACACCAUGGCCUUGCAUCAUUCAAGCUCCUGUGGUGCUUGUGCCUCCUGGCCCUCACAUCCUUCCUGCAGCAGGUGUGGGCACCCCCCUACAAGAUAGGGGUCGUGGGUCCUUGGGCUUGUGAUCCAUUGUUUUCAAAGGCCCUGCCUGAGCUUGCUGCUUGAUUAGCCACUGAGCAGAUCAUCAGGGACCCAUCAUUUGACCUGGGUUACUCUUUUGAGUAUGUGAUUCCUAAUGAAGAUUGCCAGACUUCAAGAGCCCUCUCCAGUUUCAUUUCCUACCACCAGAUGGCCUCAGGAUUUAUUGGACCUGCCAACCCUGGCUACUGCGAAGCAGCCUCACUCCUGGGAAACAGCGGGAACAAAGGGAUUUUCUCUUGGGCUUGUGUGAAUUAUGAAUUAGACAAUAAAAAUAGCUACCCGACCUUUUCUCAGACACUCCCUUCUCCCAUACGGGUGCUGGUCAUGAAAUAUUUCCAAUGGGCUCAUGCUGGAAUAAUUUCCUCAGAUGAGGACAUUUGAGUACACACAGCCAAUCAAGUUUCAAAUGCUCUUCGGAGCCAUAGCCUACCUGUAGGGGUCGUCCUGACCACAGCACAAGACAGCCAAAGCAUUUGGAAAGCUCUCCAGCAGAUUCCACAGGCGGACAGAAUUUGCAUAAUCAUCACGUGUAUGCCUUCAGUCUUGACUGGGGGAAAGACUCAGACACAUCUCUUGGAAUGGGCUCAUGAUCUGAAAAUGACUGGUGGAACCUAUGUCUUUAUUCCCUAUGAUGCUCUACUCUACAAUUUACCAUAUAAGCACCCCUACCAAGUCCUGAGGAACAACCCAAAACUCUGGGAAGCCUAUAAUGCUGUGUUGACCAUUACAGUGGAGUCCCAAGAAAAGACCUUCUAUUGAGCCUAUACAGAGGCAGCAGCUAGAGGUGAAAUUCCUGAAAAACUGGAGUCAGAUCAAGUUUCACUGUUGUUUGGAACCGUCUACAAUUCAAUUUACACAAAAGACAUGAAUAAUGCUCUGAAAGAAAAUGGACAGACUAGUGCUGCAAGCCUGGUUCAGCAUUCCAGAAACAUGCAGUUCUAUGGAUUCAACCAGUUGAUAAGGACAGAUUCAAAUGGACUUGGAAUUUCAGAAUAUGUAAUCUUGGACACCAACUGGAAAGAAUGGGAACUUUAUAGUACUUACACUGUGGACAUGGAACUGCCCCCUCGAGCAGAUGCAAAAUGCUGGUUUGCAGAAGGCAAGAUCUGCCGAGUAGGCAUUGAUCCUGCCUUUGACGUGAUGGUCUGCCUUGCUUUGCUUAUAGCCCUGCUGUGUAUUAAUGGGUUUGCUUACUUUACAACGUACAUUUUUUGUCGUAUAAAUAAAAUCCAGUUGAUUAAAGGACCCAAAAGAAUUCUACUGACUUUGCAGGAUGUGACAUUUAUCAAUCCCCAUUUUGGCAGUAAGAGAGGAAGUUGUGCCAGUGUAAGCUUCCAGAUCACCUCAGAGGUCCAAAAUGGGAGGUCCCCAAGGCUCUCCUUUUCUUUAGGGAGUGUAACUCGAGCUACCUAUGAAAACUCCAAUGUAGAGAUUUACGAGGGUGAUUGGGUGUGGCUGAAAAAGUUCCCCUCUGGAGAUUUGAGCUCGUCCCCUGGACUCCCUUCCCACUACCUCAAAUUUAACAAGAUGAAAAAGUUGCUGUGGACGACCCCUGAACUAUUGAGCCCAAGGGGCAACAGGUUAAGUUCUUUUUCAGGAGACAUCUAUAGCUUUGCCAUCAUCAUGCAAGAAGUGAUGGUCCUUUUCCAAACUAAAUCGAUUGUAGACAGACUUAAGAAGCCUCCUCCUGUGUACAGACCAGUGGUCCCUGAGCAUACCCCUCCAGAAUGUCUCCAGCUUAUGAAGCAGUGCUGGGCUGAGGCUGCAGAACAGUGACCAACUUUCAAUGAAAUAUUUAACCAGUUUAAAAUUUUCAAUAAAGAGAAGCCCAAUAUCCUUGAUUCUAUGCUUUGGAUGUUGGAGCAAUAUUCUAGCAACUUGGAAGGUUUAAUCCAGGAACGAACUGAAGAGCUGGAAAUUGAAAAACAGAAGACGGAAAAGCUUCUAACACAGAUGCUACCACCAUAUGUAUCAGUUGCUGAAUCUCUCAAAAAGGGCUGCACGUUUGAACCUGAGGGUUUUGAUUUGGUCAUCUUGUAUUUCAGUGAUGUUGUGGGCUUCACCACCAUCUCAGCCAUGAGUGAACACACUGAGGUGGUUGAUCUUCUCAGUGACCUGUACACACUCUUUGAUGUCAUCAUUGGCAGUCACGAUGUCUAUAAGGUAGAGACUAUUGGAGAUGCUUACAUGGUGGUCUCAGGCCUCCCAAAGAGGAAUGGCAGUUCGCAUGCAGCUGAGAUUGCAAACAUGUCCCGAUAUAUCCUGAGCUCUGUGGGUACCUUCAACAUGCGGCACAUGCCAGAGGAGCCAGUCCAGAUUCGAAUAGGCCUGCAUUCAGAACCUGUUGUUGCUGAAGUAGUAGGCCUCACUAUGCCCAGAUACUGCUUGUUCUGAGACACUGUGAACACAGCUUCUCACAUGGAAUCAACAGAGUUACCUUAUUGCAUUAAUGUCAGUCAGGGUGCCAUGAUAAUUCUUCCAGCUCUGAAUGAGGGCUGUGAAGUGGAGUUUCAAGGAAGGACAGAGCUCAAGAUAUAAUGCCCAUUUGGCAAAGGCACAGAAGAGACCUUCUGGCUCGUUGGAAAGAAAGUCUUCACAAAACCACUUCCCGUGCCCCCACCACUGGGCCAAGAUGGUAAGUGGAUAGGCCAUGGACUGCAACCAGGGGAGAUUGCAGCCUUCCAAAGAAGAAAAGCAGAAAGGCAGCUGUUGAGAAAGAAGCCAUAA